AGAGUGAACCACAGGCAACAAAAUUCUCGCUCCUUCAUUCAUUCUCUCCACUCUGCUCAUAUAUCAUCACAUCCCCUAAAUCAAACUCCACAAAAAGCAAUAUAUCCCCAGUAAAAAAGGAGUCCGUAUUUUCCAAAAAUAAAAUUCAAUAAAAUUAUUAGCAAAAAAAAAUUGCCAUUGAAGUUUGCUUGAUCUCGCUCCCACAUGCUCGUGAAAACUACUGCCAAAAUUAAAGUAGCCUAGUCCCUAAAUGAUCCAAUUCCGAUCGAUCUUCAGUCGGCGAUCCUAAUAUAUAAAUAUGAUCCAUAUAUAGCAUUACACUGAAUAAUUGAUUCGACUUUUCCAAUAACAGUCUUCAAUUGAAGGAAGCAGAUCAUCAUGGCGGCAAACAUCACCCUGGAAGAUAUUAAGAACGAGAACGUCGAUCUUGAAAGGAUCCCAAUAAACGAGGUAUUCCAACAGCUGCGCUGCACCAAAGAGGGGUUGACGACCGAGGAUGCUGUUCAGAGACUCCAUGUCUUCGGGCCGAACAAGCUUGAAGAGAAAAAGGAAAGCAAGAUUUUGAAGUUCUUGGGGUUCAUGUGGAAUCCAUUGUCGUGGGUUAUGGAGAGUGCAGCCAUCAUUGCCAUUGGUCUUGCGCAUGGAGGGGGCAAGCCUAUGGAUUGGCAAGAUUUCGUCGGUAUAAUAUUGCUUUUGAUCAUCAAUUCCACUGUAAGCUUUAUUGAGGAAAACAAUGCAGGCAAUGCUGCUGCUGCACUAAUGGCUGGACUUGCACCAAAGACUAAAGUUUUGAGAGAUGGGAGAUGGAGUGAGCAGGAAGCUGCAAUCCUGGUGCCUGGAGAUGUAAUCAGCAUAAAACUGGGAGACAUUGUGCCUGCUGAUGCCCGCCUUCUUGAAGGGGAUCCUCUCAAGAUUGACCAAUCUUCUUUGACUGGUGAAUCUUUGCCUGUGACCAAGAACCCUGGAGAUGAAGUCUUCUCAGGUUCCACCUGUAAACAGGGUGAAAUCGAAGCAGUUGUUAUUGCCACUGGUCUCCAUACUUUCUUUGGCAAGGCUGCCCAUCUUGUUGACAGCACCAAUCAAGUUGGCCACUUCCAGAAGGUGUUGACUUCCAUUGGAAACUUCUGCAUAUGCUCCAUUGCUGUGGGGAUUGUAGUAGAGAUAGUGGUGAUGUACCCAAUCCAGCACAGAAGAUACAGAGAUGGAAUUGACAAUCUGUUGGUUCUACUUAUUGGAGGGAUCCCCAUUGCCAUGCCCACCGUGUUAUCAGUAACUAUGGCAAUUGGCUCUCACCGACUAUCGCAGCAAGGUGCCAUCACCAAGAGGAUGACUGCAAUUGAAGAGAUGGCUGGAAUGGACGUCCUUUGCAGUGACAAGACUGGAACCCUCACCCUUAACAAACUCACUGUUGACAAAACUCUUAUUGAGGUUUUCACCAAGGGUAUUGACAAGGAUACUGUCAUGCUCCUGGCAGCCCGAGCGUCAAGGGUUGAGAAUCAGGAUGCUAUCGAUGCUUGUAUCGUCGGAAUGCUAGCUGAUCCUAAGGAGGCUAGAGCAGGCAUUCAGGAGGUGCACUUCUUCCCUUUCAAUCCAGUGGAGAAGCGCACUGCUAUUACAUACAUAGACUCCAACGGGAAUUGGCACAGGGCCAGCAAAGGAGCACCAGAACAGAUUGUUGAGCUUUGUGGCCUAAAAGACGAAAUGCAAAGAAGAGUGCAUUCGAUCAUUGACAAGUUUGCAGAUCGUGGCCUUCGCUCUCUCGCGGUUUGUCAACAAGAAGUGCCCGAAAAAACUAAGGAUGGCUCAGGAGGUCCAUGGCAAUUUGUAGGACUUUUGCCUCUCUUUGAUCCACCAAGACACGACAGUGGAGAAACAAUCAAGCGUGCCCUUCACCUUGGUGUGAACGUGAAGAUGAUCACAGGAGAUCAGCUAGCCAUUGCCAAGGAGACAGGGCGACGACUUGGAAUGGGAACCAACAUGUAUCCUUCUUCUUCCCUCCUUGGAGGUCAGAAGGGUGAAAACAUGGAAAACCUUCAGGUUGAGGAGCUCAUUGAGAAGGCAGAUGGAUUUGCCGGAGUUUUCCCAGAGCACAAGUAUGAGAUAGUGAAGAAACUUCAAGAGAGGAAGCACAUCUGUGGUAUGACUGGAGAUGGAGUGAACGAUGCGCCGGCACUAAAGAGAGCAGACAUAGGAAUAGCAGUGGCGGAUGCGACGGACGCAGCCAGGGGUGCAUCAGAUAUAGUCCUGACUGAGCCUGGGCUGAGUGUGAUUGUGAGCGCCGUCUUGACAAGCAGAGCCAUUUUCCAGAGGAUGAAGAAUUAUACAAUCUAUGCAGUUUCCAUUACAAUCCGUAUCGUUCUUGGAUUCUUGCUCAUUGCCCUCAUUUGGAAAUUUGACUUCUCGCCUUUCAUGGUUCUCAUCAUUGCCAUUCUCAACGAUGGUACCAUCAUGACCAUUUCCAAAGAUAAAGUGAAGCCUUCCCCAAUGCCUGAUUCUUGGAAACUUAAGGAAAUAUUUGCCACCGGCAUUGUUCUUGGCACUUAUCUAGCAGUCAUGACUGUCAUCUUCUUCUGGGCUGCUCAUCAGUCUGACUUCUUCACGGAGAGAUUUCAUGUCAGACCGAUCAGGGAUAACUAUGCCGAGCUCAACUCAGCUUUGUAUCUUCAAGUAAGCAUUGUGAGCCAGGCACUCAUCUUUGUCACUAGGUCCAGGAGUUGGUCUUUUGUAGAACGACCCGGUCUCUUGCUUGUUGCUGCUUUUCUGGUCGCCCAACUGAUUGCCACCUUAAUUGCUGUUUACGCAAACUGGGGAUUUGCUAGAGUAAGUGGUAUUGGAUGGGGCUGGGCCGGUGUGAUCUGGAUUUACAGCAUCGUUUUCUACAUUCCACUCGACAUAUUGAAGUUUGCCAUCAGAUAUGCUCUUAGUGGCAGAGCUUGGGAUACUAUGCUAAACAACAAGACUGCUUUCACAACGAAGAAGGAUUAUGGACGGGGCGAAAGAGAGGCUCAAUGGGUAAUGGCUCAACGAACAUUGCACGGUCUUCAGCACCCAGACACAUCUCAGCUCUUCAAUGAAAACAAAAGCUAUAGAGAGUUAUCUGAAAUCGCUGAGCAGGCUAAGCGCCGCGCUGAAGUUGCCAGGCUAAGGGAGCUGCAUACAUUAAAGGGGCAUGUUGAGUCAGUGGUGAAACUGAAGGGAAUUGAUGCUGAUGCAAUUCAGCAGUCAUACACUGUUUGAGGAGGCGGUAAGAGGACCAAAGGGGCUGGUACACUAUCAACAGGCAGGAAGAGAUUAGAACAGAGAUGAUUUCCAGGAGAAUAAGAAAUGGGAAUCUUCCUAUCGUUAAUUCCUUCUUCUCCUUUUAUUGAUUUAUUCAUUCAUUAUUUAUUUAUCUCAUUUUUAUUUGUUGAGAUGAAUAAUAAAAAAGGGGUUGGUAAUAAAUCCUACAAACGGUGUUGUUUUGUGCGAGAAAAGGUUACUCUAGAUUUAAAGAGAAAGUACUAGAUAGAUGAUUCUGCCACAAUGUUUUCAGUAUGCUGCAUAUUUUCUGCUCCUGCUCCUAUUUUAGGCACACAACUUAUGUUUCUUUAUGAUUGGCUCUACACUUUUAGAAAUAAAGAUAUGGGAUCCUAAUUAUCUA